AUGGAUAUUCAGGAAUACAUAGUGGCGCCUGGUAACUUCAACUUUGUGGAUCUUUGUGACGAAGCAGACGAAGCCGAUCGCAAAACCUUGGAGCUAUUUGCGUUUGGAACCUUUGAAACCUAUUGCAAAUAUAGAGACCAAUAUGAAAGACUUAACGGGCCAAUGACAUGGAAACUCAUACAGCUUCUGGUUUUAAGCGUAGUAAACCAUCACGAGAAUACCAGUGUGUCCAUAGAUAGUGUGUUGGACCAACAUGGAGUUCGCCAAGGAAUACACUGGUGGCUCCAACAACAACUUCCACAACUGACUGAUGUAUAUGAGACUUUUGAUGACGUAAUCAAAGAUAUGAUUAAACAAGAAGGGAUAGAUGCUAGGAUAGAUCACGAAAACGAUAGCAUAAUUGUUAGAGAAGCUCGUGCUUUACGAGAUGUGUAUGAUCCUACUUUCCAUCACUUACAAGUUCUCCAGCCGUCAGAUAUCUCCAACCAAUCUCUAAUCAAUGCUCUAGAGGUCUUGCGUAAUUGGCAAAACAAUCAUGUGGAAGCAAUGGCUAAAGAGUUUGAUAUCACUAAGGCACUGUUGGAUCCGAAUCCUCGGAAACGAAAGUCACAAGUCCUAGGAAUAAGUUAG